UCGCGUCCACAGCCAUCAUUCCCGACCAUGAAGCCCCUGGUUCCGUUCUUCGCUCUGGCAGCCGUAGCCUUGGCGGCGCCUCAAGGAUACUCUGUUCCGGUGCCCGCCGGAGGAGGAGUACCUCUUCCUGCAGUAGCACCAGCACUAGCACCAGCACCAGCACCAGCACCAGCGCCUGUAGGAGCCGGAGCAGCUCUCUCUGCAAUAGGCGGAGGCGCACCAGCGUCCUGCCUAGAAGGAGAGGUUCUUAACGUGGAUGGAACUUGCUCCGUCCCGCAGAUUACCCGGCAUGUGUACGUCUUCGCAGCUCCCGACCAGCCAGCGCCUCAAGGUCCUCCUCCGAGCAUCCCUCCUCCUCAGGUGGAGCACAACGUGAUCUUCAUCCGCGCUCCCGAGCAAGCGGAGGCUGCUGAGCCCAUCGUGCUGCCACCGCCUCAGCAGCAGAGCGUCAUCUACGUCCUCAACAAGAGGCAGCCCUCAGUCGGAGGCCGCCCGGUGAUCAAGGUCCCUGCGCCGCCGCCCUCCAACCCCGAGGUCUUCUUCGUUAACUACGGCCCCAACGAGAACCCCGUCCUCCACGACGGCAUUGACCUUCAGUCCGCACUCAGCGCCGCGGCGCCCUCUACGGGACAGAUCAUCGUAGGCGGCGGCGCUGGGGGAUUCGACCUCGGAGCUGGUGCCGGUUCGGCUGGAGGAUUCGACGUCGGAGCUGGUGUCGGUUCUGCUGGAGGAUUCGACGCAGGUUUUGCUGCCGGGUCCGCCGGAGGGUUCGACGCCGGAGCUGGAGGAUUCAGCGGCGGUGUUGUUGCCAGUCCCGGACCUGGUGUUGGCGUCCCCCUAGCUUCUGCUGGCGGCCCUGGAGGACUCCCCGGCCCCCAGAUCGGCCUGGACAACCUGGCCAACGACUACACUCCGAACGCCGUCGAGCCGCCGCUUGGCCUCUACUCCGCUCCGUAAGCCCGCCCCCCUCGCAUUUCCUCGUCAGUAACCUCCGGAAGGUAUAUGGGUACUUACUUUUCCAUUUUUCUACUUUUCUUUUUUUUGUAAUCUAAUCAAAAGACCUGCCUCAAGUUAAGCAGUCUAGUCAGACCUUUUGUUACCUUUAAUAACGAUUUGUAAAUAAACACAUAAAACCGUUA